GCAGACGUAACAUCAAGAAGAUUACAGACGGUCAUAUUGUAGGUUGCUUGAUGAUAUGAGAAUGGAAGCAGGCUUCAGCAGUCCCCCUAAAUUGCGGAGGUCAGUGUGCUUGUCGGGAAAAGUCGGGGUGAUGGAGACGCAAGUGAUCACCCCUCCUGUUAUCAGUAGUCAUACUUCAGUUGUUGGCCUUCCACUGCCAACACCUCCAGAUAGAAGUGGAACGAAUGAGUUAUCCCAGAGCAGUGUAUCAUUGGAGGGAGCUCUGGUAGAACAGGCUGUCGACAACUUGCUGAGUUUGCCUGAAGUAGUGAGUCAAGUCAGUGCAAUACAGAAGGACCACAAUCAGGAGUUAGAAAGACAACUCAUGCAGCUAAGACACCUAGAGAAUGACAUCAAAGAAAGUAAUGCGAAACAUGGCAGUGUAAAGCAGGAGAUCUCCAGUAUUGAUCGCAAGACUCGGAUGCUGGAGGAGGAAGUCAUGGAGAGUGAGAAGCUGUGUCAGGCUCAUCAGAAACAAAUAUAUUCAUUGGUAAAGGAUUGUGAAAGCCUCAGGCAUGAACUUACAACAAAGCGAAAAGGUUUUCUCACAGAAACAAGUAAGCAUGCAUCCUACAUUGCCAAGAUGAAGUCCUACAAGAUGCAAGUGAACAACUUUGAAAUGUCACUUCCUGCCCAGAAGAAACUUGUUGAACUGCAACAGAGACUUGAAGAUCUGAAGAAACAAAAGCAGCAUCUGUCCGAGAACAUGGAUGAGUUUAUAUCUGUGAGCACAGGCCAAAGAGAAGGUGAUAUCAGGGAGGAGAUUGACAAGGUGAAGUUGGAGACUUGUACGUGGAAAGAAGAGAUGCUCCGUAAACAGAAGACGUUAGAAGAUUUAAAGCAUCAAGAAGAAAAGAUCCAAAUAGCCACUACUGUUUUACAUAAGCGUAAUGCAGCACAGCUUACUCGGUUAAAGAGACAAGUGAGGGAGCAGCAACUCCGACAACGACAGUGGCAUAACCAGCACUCACAGCUACAACACAGUAUUGCAGAGCUCAACAAGAAGCUGGAAGCGUGACUUUGACUAAUACAUUGAAUAAGAACACAUUUUAGUGUUGAUGUCCUCUUUUGUUUGAA